UUUAUCUUUUUCGCCUUUUCCUGGAAGGCUCCCAUAACAGACUUUAGAUGAAGCAAGUCAAUGCUAAAUAGAAAAAAACAAUUGAAGUUGGAAUGGUAUACCAGGUCCAGAUCCAAGCUUUUUAAUUAGGUGUUAUUUGCAUUAUUCCUAUUUACAUCCUGGCUAGUCAGUCCAAUUGCUUAGCAAAUUUCAUCUCUCUGAUAAUUAGGCCCUUUUGAGUUUGCUUGUCCUCUCUUCCACUUACAAGGAUAGAAGAAUCUUGUUCAACAAUCUCUGCUUCUUCUUCCUCUUCUUGUUGUUCAGUGAAAAGAUCAAAACUUUCAGGUGUUAUUUGCAUUCUUGUUUCUUGGCUAUUUCAGUUACCACGCAAAAUCAUCUCUCUGAUAAUUAGGCCCUUCGAGCUAUAUGUAUCCUUGCCCUCUCUUCCACUUGCAAGAAUGAAAACAUCUUAUUCAUCGGCCUCUGAUUCUUCUUCUUCUUCUUCUAAGCCUCGAAUCGAAUAUGAAGUGUUUUUGAGUUUUAGAGGCGAAGACACCCGCAAGAAGUUUAUAAGUCAUCUCUAUAAAGCUCUUUGUGACAAAGGAAUUCACACCUUCAAAGAUAAUCUACUUCCAAGAGGCCAACCCAUUUCCUCAGAAUUGUUGAAAGCCAUUGAGAGAUCACAAUGUUCGGUCAUCGUUCUCUCUGAAAACUAUGCUUCUUCCUCUUGGUGUUUGGAUGAACUUGUCAAGAUUCUUGAAUGCAUGAGGGACUAUAAACAGAUUGUUCUACCAAUUUUCUACCUUGUAGAUCCAUCUGAUGUGCGGAAGCAAAAAGGAACUAUCGGGGAAGCAUUCAAGAGACAUGAAUCAAGUUACAGCACAGAAAAGGUUCAAAGUUGGAGGGAUGCUUUCACCCAAGUUGCCAAGCUAUCUGAAGAUGCUUUACAUGAUGGCAAGCAUGUGUUCCAUUACAGCACAGAAAAGAUUCAAAGUUGGAGGGAUGCUUUAACCGAAGUCGCAAAUCUAUCUGGAGAUCCUUUACAUGAUGGGGACGAAGCACAAUUUAUUCAAAUGUUCAUUCAAGAGGUAUCAAGACAACUAAAAAAAUCUGAGGAAGAUUUUGAUAUUUCAGAAGACCUUUUUGGCAUGGAUUCACGACUGAAGAAAUUGAAUAAUUUUGUUUGUACUUCAUCAUCAAAUGAUGUCCGCUUUAUUGGAAUUUGUGAGAUGGGUGGUAUAGGGAAGACAACUCUUGCCCGAACUUAUCAUGAAUGGAAGUCUUCUAAAUUUGAUAGCAGCAGUUUUCUUGCAAAUAUUAGAGAAGUUUGUGAAAAGAAAGAAGAUGGCCUUGUGCAUUUGCAAAAUGAUCUGCUUUCUGAUACUCUAAAUGGUUUUCCUAAAGAAAUAAGGGAUGUUGAUGAUGGAAAAAGAAUUAUAAGGAAGAGAUUAUGCCAGAAAAAAGUUCUUAUUAUUCUUGAUGAUGUGAGCGAAUUGGAUCAAUUAGAAGCCUUAGCUGGGAAAGCUAAUUGGUUUGGCUCUGGAAGUAGAAUACUUAUAACAACUAGAGAUGAAAGUUUGCUUACAAGUACAUAUAAAGAGUGUGAAAUAUAUAGACCCGAGCAUUUAAAUUAUAAUGAAGGUCUUCAACUGUUUUCCUGGAAAGCAUUCAAAAGUAUUCAUCCUCCGGAGAAUUACACAGAGCUGUCGAAACAAGUGAUGGAAUAUGCGAAGGGUCUUGCAUUAGCUCUAAAAGUACUAGGUUCCUUUUUAUGUCACAAAAAUAUAAAGGAAUGGAAAGAUGCUUUGCAAAGACUGAAGAAGUAUCCAGAGAAGAAGAUUACUAAAGUACUUCAAAUAACUUUUGACGCUCUUAGUGAAGCAGAGCAAAGUAUUUUUCUAGAUAUUGCAUGUUUCUUCAAUGGAUUUGAUAGAAAUAGAGUUAUUGAAAUUAUGGAUAUCUGUGGUCUCUAUCCAACAAUAGGGAUAAAAAUUCUUGUUGAUAAAUCUCUCCUACAAGAUGAUCCUACUCAUGAAAGGCUUCGGAUGCAUGACUUACUGCAAGAAAUGGGCAUGGAAAUUGUACGAGAAAAAUAUCGCGAUCAACCAGGAAGAUGGAGUAGGUUAUGGAAAUGUGAAGAUUUAUAUCAAGUUUUAAAUAAUAACACAGGCACAGAAGAAGUGGAAGCCAUAGUAUGUCGUUAUGGAAAAAGCAAAUUCCGUUUUGAAGCCUUGUCAAAUAUGAAGAAGCUGAGAUUGCUCAAUAUUUCUUCUCCGUACGGGAACUGUCCUUUACCGUUUGGUGAUUCACCACCAGCAAAUCUUUCUAAUGAGUUACGGAUUCUUCGUUGGGAUCUAUUUCCUUUCACAAGUUUUCCAUCAAGUUUCCAACCAAAUCAACUUGUUGUGCUGAGUUUGAGACGUAGCCAGAUAAAACAACUAUGGAACAAUACUAUCAAGCCUUUAUACAAUUUGAAAUUCAUUGACCUAAGUUUUUCGGAGAAUAUUAGUGAGUUGGAAGACUUCAAGGUGGUUCCAAAUCUAGAGAAAUUGAUUCUUAAGGGCUGUCCUAAACUGGUGAAGAUUGACCAAUCCAUCAAAAGUCUUACGAGGCUUACUUUACUGGACCUGACUGAUUGCCAUCAUCCAGAAAGUCUUCCAACAAGCAUAACUGGUUUGAAAUCUCUUAAAACUCUUCGACUUGGUAGUAAUAAUAUGAGGCCUUAUCUGCGCCGGGAUGUUCUAAGAGAUAGAGAUAGGGCUAUGCUCAGUACCAUUGUUGGCGGAGACUUUAAUUCUUUGAGAACAUUGGAUCUAACUCUUGCCCGUCUUGGGGAUGGAGUAUUUCCUGAAGAUUUUGGUUGCUUAGCUUCUUUAGAAGAGUUAAACCUCUCGUCAAACAAAUUUUCCAGCCUACCUUCCAGUUUGAAUCAACUUUCCAAGCUUAGGAUUCUAGAUUUGAGGCUUUGUGAAAGUCUAAAAUCAGUGGGACCAGAUCUUCCACCUAGCUUAGAAUUGGUAAAUGUUGAUAAAUGUACUUCGCUGGAAACCUUUCUCGAUCCAUCGAAUGACCAAUGCAACUUGAAUUGUUCUGCAACUUGUCGGGAAUGCUUUAACAUGGUAAAGAGGCAAGGCAGCAAAAGGACAGCGUUUGCAUUACUGAAAAGAUACCUUCAGAAUCCACCUAAUCCAAGCAGAGGACUUGAUAUUUUACUUCCUGGAAAUGAGAUUCCACCGUGGUUCACUAAUCGAAGUUCAGGGACAUCGAUAAGUAUCCAACUAGAUCCAAAUUGGUGCAACAGUAAGUGGAGGGGUCUCGCUUUGUCACUGUGCAUUUUUGAGACAGAUUGGAUUGGUAAUUGUUGGUGUGAUGUGAAAAUCGAUGGACGAGACUGGGGACAUGGACUCUUGAAGUCGCCUUUUCGUGGAGGUCCACGGGGACAUCACCUGUGGCUAUCGUAUUUGCCUAGUGAUAUCUACUUCCGUACCGAAUGGCAGAACACUUGCAGUAGAAUUGAGUUUUCGUUUAAAUCCUAUUAUUCUGAUUUUCAAACAAAACGAAUCGAGCUCUUCGGAGAGUGUGGUGCCCGUUUGAUAUAUGAGAAAGACAUAGAAGAUUUGAACAGAACUGCGAACGAGUGGAUUGAAUAAUAAUUUUCUGAUGCAAAAGCCGAAGAAUGGAUUUACUACAUGCUUGACCUUUUGCAAAAUUAUCAAAUUUGUUUGUGUUGUGUAAAUAUUGCAUAUCAGCUAUUGUUAACUAUCAAUACUAUUGCAUUUUGUGUAUCAUUCUUCUUAUUUCUUGUUUUUGUGAAAGAAAUUGUUUUUAUUUUUUCAUUGUAAAUGGAGCAUUCCGCUGGUUCGCUAAUUGACAAAGACAUGUUGGAAACA